AUGGAUCGAGCUGCCCAGGACCCCGAGAAGACCGGCUUCGAGCACGCCGACGAAAUCAGAAGCAGCUCGAAUGACUCCUACGGCAUUGAUGUCGACGCCGGCUUUACGCCAGAGGAGCAGCGUAGGAUCAUCCGCCGCAUCGACCGCAGACUCGUCGUGACUGUUGGCGCCAUGUACUGUGUUUCUCUGAUGGAUCGCACGAACCUGUCUGCCGCCGCCAUCGCAGGCAUGACCAAGGAGCUGUCUCUUGAUCUUGACAACAGAUAUAGCAUUGCCUCUCUGCUCUUUUUCAUCCCGUACAUCAUCUUCCAGCCGCCCUCGACUAUCGUCGUGCGCAAUAUCGGCCCCCGUCUUCACCUCGGCGGGCUCACCCUUUUGUGGGGUGGCGUCAUGAUCGGAAUGGGUUUUUCGCGCAGUCACAUCCAUCUGUACGCGUGCAGAAUUUUGCUUGGUGUCCUCGAGGCCGGCUUCUUCCCCAGCUGCGUCUACCUCCUCAGCACGUGGUACACCAGAUACGAGGUCGGGAAGCGUUACUCGGUCUUCUACCUCCUCGGAUGCGUCGCUUCUGCCUUCGCCGGCAUCCUUGCCUACGGCCUCAUGCAGAUGAACGGCCAGCAGGGCCUCACCGGAUGGCGGUGGAUCUUCAUUAUAGAAGGUGUGCUUACCUGCGUGCUCGGCCUUGCGGGUUACUGGCUGCUUGUCGACUUCCCCGACUCCAAGCGUAAGGACUGGAACUUCCUCGGCGACCGCGAGCGCGCCUGGAUUGUCGCGCGCGUGAAUCGUGACCGCGGCGAUGCCCACAUGCCCGCCUUCAACCUCGGCAGAUUCCUCCGCGCCGGCGCCGACUGGAGGGUCUGGGCGUACGCCAUGAUCUUCUUCAACACCACCACCGUCACCUAUGCACUCGCGUACUUCUUGCCCAUCAUCCUGCAGGUCAACAUGGGCUUCGACGUUGGUGCUGCGCAGUGCCUCGUCGCGCCGGCGUACGCCUUUGCCGGUAUCGUCAUGUUCGGCACCGCCUGGCUCGGCGACAAGAUGAAGUUCCGCGGCCCCGUGAUCCUCAUCAACAUGCUGUUCUGCAUUGUCGGCCUGCCCAUCAUGGGCUUCCACUCGAACGCUGCGGUGCGCUACUUUGGCGUCUUCUUGACGACGGCGGGCGCCAAUUCACAAAUCCCGGCCGUCAUGGCGUACCAGGCCAACAACAUCCGCGGUCAGUGGAAGAGAGCUUUCUGCAGUGCGACACUGGUGUCGUUCGGUGGCAUCGGUGGUAUUGCCGGUAGCUUGCUCUUCCGUGAGCAGGACAAGCCUCACUACCGCCCAGGCAUAUACGGCUGCAUCGCUUGUAGCCUUUUAACCAUUAUCUUGGUUGGCUUGCUAACCCUUGACGCCUACUUCAAGAACAAAAAGGCUGAUCGGGGCGAGAUGGAGAUUGAGGCUGAUGAGGGCGCCCAGCAUGGGUUCCGGUACACUUACUAA